UACAAAUUCAUAACGCACUAGCUCAUUUUCACUUCAGUGGAUUACACUAUCGGGAGAAUGGAGAAAGUUAAAUGCACUGUCCACAACAGAAUGUGCAUGCUGAAAACCGGGGUGAAGGAUGGACCCAAUAAGGGCAAGAGUUUUUACAUGUGCAGCGAGCGCCAAGGCACGUGUGCUUUCAUUCAACAAGCCAGCAUCCCUCCAUCACACUGUCUGAAUCACGAGAGUUCUAUUGUGGAUCUACAAACCCUCAUACCCAUCCAGCAGCAACAAUGCUACAGGUUGUAUUAUCGCUGUGUGGAGGGGAAGACUGCAGGGCAGAAAUGGUGUGGGAAUAUUCCCUGGGCCAUGCCAGAGAACGAGAAGCGAAGCCCCGUGUCUGACCCCCUGUUGCAGCCUCCCAGCGCGGCUCCCGUCAGGAACCCCUUCAAGGCCUCCAAACAGCCAGACUCCACCACGGAGUGGAGAACACUCCAGAACGGGAAGGACCAGGGGAAGGGGGAUGACAGGAAAGCAGAGAAGGAAAUGCAUCAGAGGAGCAGGGAUAAAGAGAGUGCCGAAAGACGAGGCGUCGAGGGGAAAGGAGGGGAUAAGGAAAGCGGGAGGUCGAGUCCAUCGGAGACCUGGAGAGGUACACAGCUUCCAGCAGGAAUGAAGAUAAAGAAGAGGGUCUCUGAUGAAGAGAAGAGAGCCAGAACACCACCUCAGGAAACGCCAGCAGAAGUGAAAGAGCAUGGUUGCAACAGAGGAGACCUGAGAGGAAGUGAAGAAGCAACUUCUAGCGACGAGAAUCAGCCGACUAACGACACACACUCUGCCUUAGAUAGUCACCGUGAACACUCUCCAACCAUCGAUGUGCUCAAAGGUACUGACAAGCAUGCUGGGAAAAAGCCAAGCUCGGGUGAGAGGAAAAGUGUUUUUCCUGACCGGAACGCCACUUCCUCCAAAGACAGACACUCCGUCGGUGAUGCCGAAAACACCGCCACCCCACCAUGUGACAAGCCUUUCUCCGCUCAAACAAGGGAAGCUCCAACGAGAUCUGGGAGUGCAGAGAGGAGCUGCACCCCACGACAGAGCCAGGCCGAGCCACAAAGCGAUGAUGAUGACGUCCAGUUUGUGUCGGUGAAACCUGGCCCACAGCAGACCCCUCCAGUGGCUCUGGUCCAGAAAACCCUGACGUCCUUUGCAGGGUUCCAGUCUGCUUCUCAGGUCAAAGGUCAGCCAGACGACCCCCAUGUCCUCCACUGCCAGCUCACGGCCCAGCUCAAACAAAAGAAGGCCACUCUAUCAGUGGUGAAUGUGUCUGCCCUCCCAGAUAAAGGAGAGAGGCUGAAGACUCAGGUCAAGGACCUGGAGGAUGCUCUGGAGUCCUUGAGUCUGGUCACUGCCUCCCAGCCAGAGUCUCAGAGAGGACAUGGCGAGGUCCAGCCAGCACCCGCUGCCAGCCAGUCCAACCCGUUCGGCCGCAAGGGUGGCACAGUGUUUCUGCCCAGCGGCCCUCCACCCCCCCAGCACCAGGCCUCAGGAGGAGCCUUGGGGCUAGAACUCAGCCAGGGCCACACCCCGCAUGGAGCCACGCCCCGGAACCAGGCGUUCUAUGGAGGCAGGAUGACGGACAACCGUCUGCUGGCGGUGAAGAAUGCUACCUGCGAGGCUAUCGACCACCUGCACGGCUCUCUGGAGUCCUGCCCCGGGCCCAAUGCUGAGGUCCCCGACCCACGCGGCAUCAAGGUGCCUCUGCUGCCCCACCAGAAGAGGGCGCUGGCCUGGCUGCUCUGGAGAGAGACUCAGAUGCCCUGCGGAGGAAUUCUGGCGGAUGACAUGGGUCUGGGGAAGACCCUCACGAUGAUCGCCCUCAUAAUGUCCCAGAAGAAAAAGAAGAAAGGAGAGGAGGAGGAGGAGACUAAACCAGAUGCUUGGCUCUCCAAGAACGACUCCACCCAGGUAGUGUCCCAGGGCACCCUGAUCAUCUGCCCCGCCUCCCUGGUGCACCACUGGAAGAACGAGGUCACGAGACACGUGAAGAGCGGGAAGCUGAGUGUGUGUCUGUACCACGGACCCAACCGCCAGAGGAGGGCCAGCGUGCUUGCUGAGCAUGAUAUUGUGGUGACCACCUACAGUCUGGUCUCCAAGGAGAUCCCGGUCCAGAAGGAGGACGCAGAGAAGCCUAGCGCUGAUGCUGACCAUGUGCAUUCUGACCACGCCCCCCUGAUGCGUGUGUCCUGGGCCCGUGUGGUUCUGGAUGAGGCCCACAACAUCAAGAACCCCAAGGUCCAGACCUCCCUGGCAGUGUGUAAGCUGAAGGCCUGGGCACGGUGGGCCGUCACAGGGACGCCCAUCCAGAACAACCUGCUGGACAUGUACUCCCUGCUCAAGUUCCUGCGCUGCUCCCCCUUCGAUGAGUUCAAGCUGUGGAAGGCCCAGGUGGACAACGGCUCCAAGCGAGGAGGAGAGAGACUCAACCUCCUGACCAGGGCUCUGCUGCUCCGACGCACCAAGGACCAGCGGGACUCCGCCGGCAAACCUCUGGUGUCUCUCCCUGACAGGACCUGCCAGGUGCAUCGACUAAAGCUGUCAGAAGAGGAGCAGUCCGUUUAUGACGUGGUGUUUGCACGUUCUAGAUCUACGCUGCAGAACUAUCUGAAGAGACACGAGGGAGGAGAGGUGAAGAAGGGGAGCGACUCCAAUCCCUUUAAUAAAGUGGCGCAGGAAUUUGGCCUGUCCCAGUCAGAGCCCCUGUCCCCCCAGCAGCCCCAGGCCUCCAGCACCGUCCACAUCCUGUCUCUGCUGCUGCGCCUCCGACAAUGCUGCUGCCACCUGUCCCUGCUGAAGAAGACCCUGGACCAGACAGAGCUGCAGGGGGACGGCGUCAGUCUGUCCCUGGAGGAGCAGCUGAGCGCCCUGUGUCUGGGCGAACCGUCCGCUCACGACCCCGAGGACACCGUGUCCCUCAACGGCAGCCGCUUCGCCUCCCGGCUGUUUGAGGACGCGACGGAGAGCACCAAGAUCUCCGCCAUCCUGACUGAGCUGAAGGAGAUCCGGAUGAGGAGCGAAGAUCAGAAAAGUGUGAUCGUGUCCCAGUGGACCAGCAUGCUCCACAUCGUGGCAGUGCACCUCAGGGCGAUGGGUCUGCGCUUCGCUGUCAUCGACGGCACCGUCAACCCGAAGCGCCGCAUGGACCUGGUGGAGGAGUUCAACACCAACCCUAAAGGAGCACAGGUGAUGCUGGUGUCCCUGUGUGCUGGAGGAGUGGGCAUCAACCUGAUUGGUGGAAACCACCUCUUCCUUAUGGACAUGCACUGGAACCCGGCUCUGGAGGACCAGGCGUGUGACCGCAUCUACAGAGUGGGCCAGCACAGAGACGUUACUAUCCACAGGUUUGUGUGUGAAGGCACAGUGGAGGACAAGAUCUCCACCUUGCAGGAGAAGAAGAAGGAGCUGGCCCAGAAGGUACUCUCUGGGACUGGAGGCUCCUUCACCAAGCUCUCCCUGGCCGACCUGAGGGUGAUCUUUGGGGUCUGAGCACCUGGAGGUCUGGAGGUCAGGACUGCUGCUGUCUCACACCCGUGCACACCUACGAGAGCUUUAAUAAUAUGUUAACUACAUAACAGUGUUAAACUAUUAAAGUUUACUACCAUUACUGUUGCUACAGAAUUUUGUCAGCACUUUUCAUGAUGCCUUGGUUGUUGACGGAUACUUUAAAAAGCCUGCUUUAUCAUGUUACUUUUAGAUGUUUAUUUAUUGUACUUGUUUAUGUUUGUGCGGAUCAGACAUGUUUGCUCCUUCGACCUUCCAAAGCAUGUUCCUUUUAUCAGUGUCAAAUUAUUCUUGGUUAUGUAAUGUUGAUAGAAUAAAAAAAUAAAAAUACUAU